AUGAAGUUGAAAGGAGAGAAGCAGAGCUCUGACAGCAAUGAAGGCUCUAAAGGGAAGAUGACACUUCUGCUUGCAAUGGUAACGCUGAUAUCUGCGUUUGGAUCUUCCUUCCAGUAUGGGUACAACGUGUCUGUGAUCAAUUCUCCAGCCCCGUACAUGCAAGACUUUUACAACCAAACCUACUACAACAGGACUGGAGUGCCUAUGAACAGUGGCUUCCAGACGCUGCUCUGGUCUCUUACUGUGUCCAUGUUCCCUCUGGGUGGCUUGUUUGGGUCCCUCAUGGUGUGGCCUCUGGUUAACAACUGUGGCCGAAAGGGCACUUUGCUGAUAAGUAACCUCUUCUCUAUUACUGCUGCAAUCCUAAUGGGAACCUCGGAGCUAGCAAAAACCUAUGAAGUGAUCAUCUUUUCACGUGUUAUCAUGGGAAUAUAUGCUGGUCUGGCUUCCAACGUGGUUCCCAUGUUCCUUGGAGAAAUAUCCCCAAAAAACCUGAGAGGUGCAAUUGGGGUCGUACCCCAGCUCUUCAUCACCGUUGGGAUCCUUAUAGCUCAGGUCCUUGGUCUCAACAGCAUCCUUGGAAAUGCCAAAGGCUGGCCCGUGCUGCUGGGGCUCACUGGGAUCCCAUCACUAAUUCAGCUCCUGAUAUUGCCCUUUUUCCCUGAGAGUCCCAGAUACUUGCUGAUACAAAAGGGCAAUGAAGAGCAAGCACGACGAGCUCUGCAGAAGCUGAGAAGCCGGGAUGAUGUGGAUGAUGAGAUACAAGAAAUGCGCCAAGAAGACCGGUCAGAAAAGGAGGAAGGACAGUUCUCUGUAUUCAGCCUGUGCACCUUCAGAGGCUUGAGAUGGCAGCUCAUCUCCAUCAUCGUCAUGAUGAUGGGCCAGCAGCUCUCGGGGAUCAAUGGGGUCUUCUACUAUGCAGACAGAAUCUUCCUGUCGGCAGGAGUGGAUGACAAUAAUGUUCAGUAUGUCACUGUGUCAAUAGGUGCCAUCAACGUCGUCAUGACCUUGCUUGCUGUUUUCAUUGUGGAAUCCUUGGGAAGGAGAAUCCUCCUCCUUGCUGGCUUUGGAUUGUGCUGUGUCUCCUGUGCAGUGUUAACUUUGGCCCUCAAUCUCCAGACCACUGUCUCCUGGAUGUCUUACCUCAGCAUAGUGUGUGUCAUCAUUUACAUCAUUGGACAUGCUAUUGGAGCCAGUCCAAUUCCCUUUGUGCUGAUCACCGAGAUGUUCCUGCAGUCCUCCCGGCCUGCAGCGUUCAUGGUGGGUGGGUCUGUGCACUGGCUGUCCAACUUCACCGUGGGGCUCGUGUUCCUCUACAUGGAGGCUGGACUGGGGCCCUACAGCUUCCUCAUCUUCUGUGCCAUCUGCCUCGCCACUAUGGUUUACAUCUUCUUCAUUGUUCCUGAGACUAAGAACAAAACCUUCAUGGAAAUCAACAGGAUCAUGGCCAAGCGGAACAAGGUGGAAAUUCAGGAAGACAAAGAAGAGCUUAAGGAUUUCCAGGCCGUCCCAGGUGGACAAGGAGGGAAGAAGGAAAUCUCCAGCCGUGAGCUGUGA